UAGAAGUUAGCUCUGAAAGCAACCCAUAGUUAUUGGAGAUAAUAUAGUUAGGUUUUUUUUUUUUACUCUGAGCUUCAAAACAAAGCAAAGGAAAGAUACUUUCAGGAAGAGUCCAACCUGAUCCAAGAGGUUGGCCGGUACCACAUUCCUAACAACCUGAUCCAAGAGGUCACCCCUUUCUCAAAGGUGGUGGUUUAUAAGUGGGGAAAGAUCUUUGCAUUCUUUCAUUCAAAUGGCACUCCCACUCCAAGCGGUUAUCUCUACACCAGACCAUGGGGAAGGUCAUUGAGAUCACAAGAAGAUCCAUUCAUGCUUUCUUCCAGAGCUACCACUCCUUUGCCUCAACUGCUGCCCUCCUUGUCUUCCCUGUCUCUGCGGCCACCCUCCUCUCCCAUUCACUCACUCUUUCCUCUUCCCCGAUCCUCCGAACAAUCUCUUCCCGCCUCCGGUUGCUCUUCGAAGCCGCUGGUUUCCCCGCCACCUCCCAGUUCUUCUCCCUCCUCAACUUCAGGCUCUCCCAGGCCAUCUUAACAUUCAUCUCCACUCUUCCUUUCACCCUCGUCUUCCUAAUCCUCGCCAAAGCAUCUGUCAUCCAAAUCAUCUGGGAAUUCCCCCGGUGCAGGCUCGCACCACCACCAUUCUCCUCUCUUCUCCAUCUUUAUCCCUCCCUCCUGCUGAGCCACCUCUCCAAUUCCUUAGCCAUCCUCUCUGUUAAUGCUGUCAUCUUCUCUAUCCUACUACUAGCCUUCAACGCUGUGGACAUCCUCCAUCUUUCUUCAAGCAACUCCAUGCUGCUACUCUCCGCCACAAGCGCCAUUCUCUAUUCCAUGGUCAAUGCCAACGCCAUGGUGGCCUGCAACCUGGCAAUUGUCAUCUCUGCCACGGAAAACAAUGGUGGGUACCUCUCCAUCCUCAAGGCCCUUGUGCUCAUCAGAGGCAGGACAGCAACUGCCAUAACACUAGCUUUGCCUGCCAGUCUCGGCAUGGCUGCGGUAGAAGCAUUGUUUCAGUGCAGGGUGAUGAGACCAUACCAUCUGUCGGGCAAAUCUAAUCCAUCUGUCAUUUGGGAAGCCUCCUUGAUCACUUACAUAUAUUCACUCCUCGUAGUCCUCGACACGAUCGUCACGUGCAUGUUUCUGAAGAGCUGCAAGAUGGGUGGAGGAUCGCAUUGGCAUGAAUAUGAUUAUCAAACAGAUAGUGAACCAGAAGCCAAAGGUGCUCUGCAAGCUUAAUACCUCUAGAGCUUUCGAUGCAGUUGACGAGAUCCUGCUUCGACUCCUGUUAUUUAUGUGACUGCACGAAUAUAACUUUCAGCUAUGAAGGAGUAUUCCACUGCUUCAAAUGUGCAAGUUCACAGAUAAGGCAUCAAUGCAACAAUGUAUUCUUCCCAGAGAAGAAAAAAAUGUACAGCAAAUUUUAUAAUGAAAACAGGCCUUUUGUAGUGAAGCUCCAAUAAAAGAAUGGAAAAGAUGCCCC